AUGGAUGCGAUUUGUAUGUCGUCGAGUCCAAAAAGACAGAAGAUUGAUGAAGGAGAAAAGGUGGGUGAGAAUGAAGAUAGAAUCAGUCAAUUGCCGGAUUGUAUUCUCCAUUGCAUCCUGUCUCUCCUUCCAACUAAAGAUGCUGUAGCAGCUUGCAUACUGUCUAAAAGGUGGCAGGAUCUAUGGAUCUCAGUUACCAACUUAGACUUAAAAUGCCCUGGUAACUACAGAAAGGGGGAAGACUGGAAGAAAAAGAGCUUCACUCAUUUCAUGGAAAAAGUGCUUCUGCACCCUUCUUCGAAUAUUAAGAAGUUCCGUCUCUCACUUGAUGAUUCUCUUCAUCAUUCAUUUCUCAAUACUUGGAUCCUUGCUGCUGUUAGACGACAAGUUCAAGAGCUUCGUCUCUCACUCCCUCAAAGAAACUUUUUGUUGCCCGACUGUCUUUCUACCUGCAGUACAUUAAGUACAUUGAAACUCAAAGUAGAUAUUUUGAAACUUCCUGGAUCCUUCUGCCUUCCAAACCUCACGGUUUUACAUCUUUGUGACCUUCACUUCGGAGACAAUGUUUCUACCCAUAAAUUAUUUUCUGGUCUAACAGUUCUUGAAGAAUUGGAAUUGACUCGUUGCAAAUGGAGAAGGGUCCAUUCGACAAUCUCUAUCUCAACGCUAAAGAUCUUAGCUUUGGAUACUCUGGAUAUUUCUUUCUACGCUUCUGAAGCUUUCCAUAACGGAAGAUGUCAUCUCAGGGUGUAUGUAGAAAAUCUUAUUUACUUCAGUUUUACAGGUGACUUGAAAGUCGAUUUGCUUCUAGUAAACUCGUCUUUGUUAGUCGAUGCAUCUAUACUCCUGGAAGGCUCUGUGAGGAUGAGGGAUGACAAAGCUUCAUCCCAUGCAGCUAAUCUCUUCGAUGGAAUUCGGUUUGCUAGAUCAAUAAAAAUUGAUGAUGACACCAUGAAGCGUCUCUUUGAUAUUGUGGAGGAGGUGAAGAUGAUCCCUAAAUAUGGUUAUCUGACCUCUUUGGAAGUGAAUGCAACAGUGAUGAGGGAAACAAGUUAUGUCCUGAAGGACUUUCUUCGAAAUUCACCUAUCCUUGAAUCUCUUGUUGUUAAGAAGGUACAUGGUGGAAGGUGGAGUCGGUGUCCUAUGUUGAGUCUCAAAACAUGUAGCCUGAAAUAUUUUAGUGGACUGGAGCCAGAGAUAAGUUUUUUGACGUUUGUUUUGAAGAGGUGUGCAGUGUUGGAGAGGAUAAAGGUUUACUGUGAAAAAUGUCUGUCAAGAAAUCCUGAGAAGCUAGAGUGCAUUUCCAAGCAGCUAGAAAAAGCACUACCCAAAGACUCGAAGAGUUGUGUAAUUGAGUUUCUGUAAAACAUAUGAUCUUCCUUUGGUUUAAAGAACUCGAAGUUCAUGGUCUGAAAUCGUUUUUGAUCGAGUUUGUUUCUGUCCCCUUGUUGUUAAGGAUGUUCUUGGCAGGUAUAUCUAUUGUCCUUUUUACUUGUUCUUGGCAGGUAGUAGUCUAGUGCUCGUCAUUUUCACCAUGGGGAUUGAUG